AUGACCAUGAAAAACAACGGUACCUACUCUGGCCUCUUUUUGAACAAUGGUCAAGUUGCUCCAUUUGUUUCUAGUGUUACUGCUGAUUCUCAAAACAAGACCAUGACUGGUCUCUUUGCUCGUUAUUGGACCGACAACUCUUUUGUUUCCUUUGUUCCAUUCCGCGCUUCUUUUGACAACCCAAUUUCUUUCACUAUGCACAUUAAUGGAUCUGUUGUAAACUUCCCUGCUCAGGUUUCAUAG